GCCCGGCUGGAGCCCGGCUAGAGCCCGCUCUCCGCUCGCCAUGGCACGCGCCGCCCCGCUCCUCGCCGCGCUGGCCGCGCUCCUGGCCGCCGCGACCGGCGGAGACGUCCGGCCCAACAGAAUCGCGGUGGUUGGGGCUGGAAUCGGGGGCUCUGCCGUGGCCCAUUUUCUCCAGCAGCACUUCGGCCCCCAGGUGCAGAUCGACGUAUAUGAGAAGGGGACAGUGGGUGGCCGCCUGGCCACCAUCUCGGUCAACAAGCAGCACUACGAGAGCGGGGCCGCCUCCUUCCACUCCCUCAGCCUGCACAUGCAGAACUUCGUCAAGCAGCUGGGGCUGAGACACCGGCGAGAGGUGGUCGGCAGGAGCGCCAUCUUUGGUGGGGAGCAUUUCGUGCUGGAGGAGACCGACUGGUACCUGCUGAACCUCUUCCGUCUCUGGUGGCACUAUGGCAUCAGCUUCCUGAGACUGCAGAUGUGGGUGGAGGAGGUCAUGGAGAAGUUCAUGAGGAUCUACAAGUACCAGGCCCACGGUUACGCCUUUUCGGGCGUAGAGGAGCUGCUCUACUCGCUGGGGGAGUCUGCCUUCGUCAACAUGACCCAGCGCUCCGUGGCCGAGUCCCUGCUCCAAGUGGGCGUCACGCAGCGCUUCAUCGACGAUGUGGUCUCCGCCGUCCUGCGCGCCAGCUACGGCCAGUCAGCAGCGAUGCCUGCCUUUGCUGGAGCCAUGUCACUAGCUGGGGCCCAGGGCAGCCUGUGGUCUGUGGAAGGAGGCAACAAGCUGGUAUGUUCCGGCCUGCUGAGGCUCACCAAGGCCAACGUGAUCCACGCUACAGUGACUUCCGUGACCCUGCACAGUAAAGAAGGGAAAGCCUUGUACCAAGUAGGGUAUGAGAGUGAGAGGGGCAGCGGGUCCGACUUCUACGACAUAGUGGUGAUCGCAGCGCCCCUGCCCCUGCACAACGGCGGCAGCACCAUCGCCUUCGAAGGCUUCGACCCGCCCAUUGCUGUUGCCCAGGGCUCCUUCCAGCCCACGGUGGUCUCCUUGGUCCACGGCUACCUCAACUCCUCCUACUUCGGUUUCCCCGACCCGAAACUUUUCCCGUUUGCCAGCAUCCUCACCACAGAUUUCCCCAACUUCUUCUGUGCGCUGGACAACAUUUGUCCCGUCAAUAUCUCAGGCAGCUUCCGGCGCAAACAGCCUCAGGAGGCAGCCGUCUGGCGAGUCCAAUCCCCCAAGCCCCUCUCGCGGACCCAGCUGAAGACCCUCUUUCGUUCCUAUUACUCAGUCCAGACGGCCGAAUGGCAGGCCCACCCACUCUACGGUUCCCAUGCCACCCUCCCUCGUUUCGAGCUCCAUGACCAGCUCUUCUACCUCAGUGCCCUGGAGUGGGCAGCCAGCUCCGUGGAGGUGAUGACCGUCGCGGCCAAGAACGUGGCCUUGCUGGCUUUCAACCGCUGGUACCAGGACCUAGACAAGAUCGACCAAAAGGAUCUGAUACACACGGUGAAGACUGAACUGUGAGGGUUCCGGGAGGGCCUAGAAUCCUCCCAAGCUCCUCAGCUCCCCUGGAAGACAGAUCACCCACCGCAGUCAAGGUUGGGCAAGUCACACACAGCCCCCCCAACCUCUUACCCCUGUGUGUGGAGUGUGCUGUGUCCUCUCUCUAGGGAUCAAGGUGGCAACUCUCUGCCUUUCUUAAGGAGUCUUAAGGUGGUUACUUUUUUUUAAGGUGGAGAGUAAGAGAAAGGAAGGAAACUCAA